GUCGAAGCUUCACCAAGAGGGCUGUCAACACAGUCCAGCAAACCUCAAGACCCGACUCAAUGGCCCGUAGCAAGGAACUCGUACCCGGCGUGGGGCGCCUCUCUCGCUCCCAAGUCUUCGCCCGCCGUGGUCUCUACAAGGGCCUCAAAAAAUCCGAGAAGCCCGCAGCGCCGGAGGUUGCAGAGACCAAGGAGAAGGAGAUCGGUGGGGAGAAGAACGGUGGAAAGCGUGUUAUCCCGGUCGCGAAGGCGCCGCGAUUCUACCCCGCUGAGGACGUCCGCCAGCCCAAGAAGAGCCGGAAGUCGCCCAAGCCCACGAAGCUGCGCUCAUCCAUCACCCCUGGCACUGUUCUCAUUCUGCUUGCGGGUCGCUUCCGGGGGAAGCGCGUCGUAUUCUUGAAGCAGCUGGAGAGUGGUCUGCUAUUGGUGACCGGUCCCUACAAGGUCAACGGUGUGCCCCUUCGCCGGGUCAACCAGGCCUAUGUCAUUGCAACGUCAACGAAGAUCGAUCUCGCUGAAUUCAAGGCCGACGAAAAGAUCAACGACGCGUACUUCGCAAAAGCCGCUGCUAAGGGCCCCCGCUCGGCAGAAGCAGAGUUCUUCUCUGAGGGCAAGCCUAAGGAGAAGGAGGCCUUCCCCGAGUCGAAGGCGGCCGACCAGAAAGCGGUUGACGCUGCUGUAAUCGCUGCCGUCAAGAAGACGGAGAACCUCAACAAGUACCUCAAGGCGAGCUGGGGUCUGUCGAAGGGUCAGUUCCCUCACCAGAUGGCUUUCUGAGGGUAGUACUGGUUCGGGGACGCGGCGCAGGGGUGCGGGCUUUUAUCGCAGAGCGGCAGAUAUCUCGUUCACUUAGGCUAUGACUACGAUAUGCUAUGUAGCAUCAUAUGAUCUCUCUUUCUCGCAGAGAAUGGGCAGGGACGGAUGGCCACUCGUUCUUGUUUGUGUAUCAUAUAACGCCAUGAAUAUCCUUUGCGAAUGAACGAUUCGAAUGCUCGCUUC